AUGGCCUCUCUGGAUCUGCCAUACCGCUGUCCUCGCUGCGGGGAGCACAAGCGCUUCCGAAGCCUGUCGUCCUUACGUGCCCACCUGGAGUACAACCACACGUACGAGACCCUCUACGUCCUCUCCAAAUCCAACAGUGUGUGUGACGCUGCUGCUCUGCUGCCGCUUGUGGCUGAGGGAGCUCUCCUUGCACCUGUCAACAACAACGACCCGUUUGAGCCGCUGCGGCCUUCAGCUUUAAAGGAGCGCCGGUUUCCUUGUCGUGAGCUUCCUUGUGCGGAUGACUUGAGUCUGACCCCGGCUAACUCCAACACUGCAGCCCGGUAUAUUCCCAAUGUGGAGUUUCCCCAUGGGGAGAUUUUUAUGAAGAAAGCCAUGACAUCUGCAGACCAAGGUCCCCAUGGCAACCCCAGCACAGCUGUAGCAGUGGCAGCUAAUGUAGCGGCUAGUGCAGUGGAGGCGGCCUACGAGGAGGGCCUGGCCAGGCUUAAGGCUCGGGCGUUCGAACGGCUGGAGCUGGAUGAAAGGCUUGAGAAGCUGUCUGAAGAGGUGGAGCAGAAAAUAGCGUCCCGCGUAGGUCGUCUUCAGUCAGAGCUGGCGAGGAAGAGCUCCGAGCUGGAGCGGGCCAAGAUGGAGAGCGAACGGCUAAGUCAGGAGAAGCAAGAUCUGGAAGACAAGGCCACUGAGCUCUCUCGACAGGUGGACGUCUCUGUGGAAAUGCUGGCCAACCUCAAACAGGACCUGGUGAACAAGGAGCAGGAGCUCAACCACAAACAACAGGAAGUCGCCCAGAUUGACCAGUUCCUUCAGGAGACGGCGGCACGUGAAGCCAAUGCCAAAGUGCGGCUGCAGCAGUUCAUCGAGGAGCUGCUGGACCGAGCAGACCGCGCCGAGAAACAGCUGCAGAUCAUCAGCAGCUGUGGCACCACACCGAACGGCAGCCUGGGACGCUGCAGCCUGCAGGCCUCAAAGGGCAAUGGACGCCAGAGAAACUCCAGCAACUCUGGAAGCACAAGAGGCAUGUACCAAGUGUCCGACCGACGCUCGUCCCCCAGCACAGGAGCAUCAGGGCGAAUCAAGUCCGUCUCACAGGGCUCUGGAGGUUACGACAGUGACAGCGUUGAGAUGCAUCCCAUGGAGGACUGUCCCGAGGCUCAGUGCUAUCACAUGCAGUGCCAGCUGGGUGAGGGCAGUUACGAGCGCUCUCCAGGAUGUGGCGGGGGAGGAUCGAGGAACUGGGGUCUUCGUAAACAGGCUAUCCAGAACUGGCAACGGCGACCUUACAGGAACAGCACUGAAGGCGAGGAAGGGGACGUGUCUGACGCGGGCUCUCGGACCACCGAAUCUGAGGUGGAGAUGUGGGAACAAGAGAGGAGAGAUGUAGCUGAAGUCCAGCAGUCCGCCCCUCCCUAUGCUCACCACGGCAGGACAGGAUAUCGCCAAAACACAGGUCGGUCUGAUCGGGUCUACAAGCCGUGCCGCCAUGAAAGGAGCUCGUCCAGAUCCAACGAGGUGAUCAGUCCAGAGAUCCUGAAGAUGCGCGCAGCUCUCUUCUGUAUCUUCACCUACCUGGAUACUAAAACCCUGCUGAGAGCGGCUGAGGUCUGCCGGGACUGGAAGUUUGUGGCUCGUCACCCAGCUGUGUGGACCAGAGUGCUGCUAGAGAACGCUCGCAUUUCUUCCAAGUUUCUGAGCACAAUGUCUCAGUGGUGCACUCAGACGCACUCCCUCAUCCUGCAAAACCUCAAACCAAGACAGCGGGGCAAGAAGGAAACCAAGGACGAGUACGGUAAAAGCACACGUGGCGGUCUGGAAGAAGGUCUGGAGGCGUUGUUAAAGGCCACAGGAAGCAACCUUCUGAUACUGAAGAUUUCACACUGCCCCAACCUGCUGACCGAUCGCUCCCUCUGGCUGGCCAGCUGCUACUGCCGAGCUCUGCAGGCUGUAACCUACAGAAGUGCCACAGAUCCAGUUGGCCAGGAGGUGAUCUGGGCCCUUGGAGCAGGUUGUAGAGACAUCAUAUCCCUACAGGUGGCACCACUACAUCCAUGUCAACAGCCUGCUCGUUUCAGUAACCGAUGCCUGCAGACGAUUGGAAGAUGCUGGCCACACCUCCGUGCUCUUGGUGUGGGUGGGGCUGGAUGUGGCAUUCAGGGACUGGCCUCACUUGCGAGGAACUGCAUGCGCCUGCAGGUGCUGGAGUUGGAUCAUGUGAGUGAAAUCAACCAGGAGGUGGCAGCAGAGGUUUGCAGAGAGGGCUUGAAAGGUCUGGAGAUGCUGGUGCUCACUUCCACACCAGUCACCCCCAAAGCCCUCCUCCACUUCAACAGCGUUUGCCGCAACCUGAAGUCUGUCGUGGUUCAGAUCGGUAUAGAAGACUACUUCGAGGACCCCAACAGUCCUGAAGCUAGAAAACUGUUUGAUGAGAUGGUUAACAAGCUUCAGGCUCUGAAAAAGAGACCCGGCUUCUCCAAAAUCCUCCAUGUGAAAGCAGACAGUCUCUGCUAACAUCAUUUGUGCAGAUUCUUCAAAUCUUGGAGAGGUGCCAUCUUGGCUCGGUCAAUCAAAAAGACUCGGCUGUUUUGAGCCCGCUCCACGGGCUUGAAAAAGUCUGCAGCACCGACAGAAACAACAGAAGAUCGCCAUGUUGAACCAGGGCCGAGGCUCAAUGUGCAUAUUCCCAUAACUCUUACACUAUUCCAGUAAGGGGAAAUCAAUAACUCCUUCAUGUUGGUCAGAAGACUUCUUCGGACAAAUAAUGGCACUAUAUAUCACAAGAAGGUCCUCGAGCUUACAGACUCCAAUAACACAACACAACUGUCAGAUUCCUCUUUCUUAGUCAUCUCCUGCUUUCACCACUAAAAUGGAUUGUGUUGUGGCACAGAGCCAGAUCCCUUUUUUUGAAAUGCCUGGAGCCAGGGGACAGCAAUGUGUUAAUGCUUGACAUAUACUCAAGCCUACAACGGUUCGUGGGCAGGAGCACAUUAUACAGCGAACAUACUUUCCACAGGGGUACAUACAAUGGAGGCAGGAGUAAGAAAUUGUAGAGGAAUUGAUUUCCUCAAGAAAUGUCGAGUACUCAAGGUUAGGAGUAUGGCACAGGAGCUUUAUGUUUGGUCGUGUGUCAAGGAUAGAAUAAAGGGUUUUGAAACUGGACGACUUUCAACACUUCCGGCUUCCACCCAGGAGAGCAACAUGCUGCACCAGCUCCAGGCACAGUGCAGAGAGCAAGGGCAUCCUCACUGCAACACACAUGUACCUUGACAGUCUUCUUCGUAAAUUGCAUGGCAGCGAUGCAUUUACCCUCUGCUACCAUCCUCUACUUUCUCAUACAAACAGCGGUGUGUCAUAAACCUGGACUCAAGUGUUCUUGAUAGUUGUAGCAUCUCUGAGAGAGCAGGCUGCAGUAUCUGAUGCUUUUCAUUAACUGCAAAGACGAUCCACAACGCCAUCCUCGAGAAACACUGGUGACAUUUGUAACAGUGUCUGCCCUUAUUCCAGCAAGCGUUUUCUCCAAUGUGCCAUUAAUGAGGGAAGAGGGACCAUGGACAGAAAGUUAAUCUCUUCAAAUCAAAUGUAACUUAACAUUAUUGGAGUUUGAUUUGAGUGUAAGCAGCUCUUAAUGAGCACACGGGUGUUGUGUUUCAUAUGGAACAUGGUCUCCAGAUGUAUACAGGCGUUACAGUGUUUAUCAUGUGACUUUCAUACUUAACCAUACUACACAGUGCCAUUCCUAUUCGUAGUGCUCAUCAUGACUGAGGCCUCCUUGUUUAUGUGGUUCAGCUGACAACAUGUGGCUCCCUCUGCUGGAUCUCCAAGCACUGACACAGCCAGCUGCUGUGAUUUGACACGUUGUACUCUUUGCAGCCAGGAACAUCUAUCACCUUUUACUAUUUUGCAAAACUCAAAACCAAGAGAUCACCUCCUCGGUAUCACCUUUCAAAUUAUGAAUUUGAUUUGGUGUGAUUCAUGCCUACAAAUUAGUUGAGCCUAUGUCGCAGACAUUUUCAAGAAGUAUGCGUAGCAAUACUGUGGUGACACAUCAGUUUAUUAUUCACAAGGAAUAAUAGUCUCUUCUGGCUCUGGAGGAAGUCUGAGAAAAUAAUCCUUGGAAUGUUAUCUGGCUGUUCUCAACAUUGAAACUACAAAUGUAUAGCACAUACACCCGCAUUACAAGCUGGGGGACAUGUAGUCUGAAGAAAUGUGGAAAGAUGCGUUUACAAAUACGGUCCAUAGAAAAUACUAUUAAUAGGAAUUUCUUCAGCUUGACCUAUACUGGGGACCAAAAGUCAGGAUUCUGCCUCUGCUGCAUUGAUUUUGUUUUCCCUUCCCAAACAUUAUGAAAGUGCAAUACUAAAUCACUGGAGCUCCUAUUAGACAUUUACAAUCACUUUGCUUUCGAGAAACAUGCACACAGUUUUGACUUGGGUUGAAAAAUGAUUCACACAUCUAGUAGAACAUCAUCAUCUUGCAACAUGUUUACCGUUUGAGCUUGCACACCUAAAUAUUUCUCUACAACACGUGUUAACAUUCGUGGGCUGUGCACCAGAGCACGAUGACCGUUUCCGCGAAGGCCGAACAGACGUUUGUCCCGGGGGCUCUUUUAAGGUCACUGACAAGUAGAGUUGCGGGCUGAUGUUUUGGGGUCUCUAUUUUAUUGUCAAACAUGAGGACUUGUGUAGCUGCAUAUUCUAGUGAUGACGUUCCAGAUGAAUGUGCGAGAACAGUUGUGGAUGUUCAUUUAUUUUUGUUCUUCCAGUACUGCAUAUUAUUAUCAUAUACUGGUACUGAUUCAUUGGAGAGAAAGGUGUGAAACACAAGAGCGAAAACACAAAGCACUUGUUGAUUUUAAGUUUUAGACAAUCCUGCCUUUGCUAUCAGCUACUCUGUACAUACUGUUUGUAAAAAAAGAAAAGAAGAAAGAGUGAAAAAAAGACCAACAUUUGAUGUUAUAUAAUAUUACGGUCUUCAUUCUGUAAGCAUUUUCUCUCCAAAGUUGAAUGAAAGAUAAACAUAGAGAAUUAUAUUAUGUAUAACAGUAGUGUGGAAAUUGCAGUUGUGUAUUAGAUACUUUAUAUUAAAUGUGCAUCAGAGUCAUAGAGAUGGAAAUUAUUUAAGAAGAGGAUAAAGAGGAUAAUUCAACUAUUUAUUUCUAUAAAAAAGAGCGAUGUGUAUAAUGUUGGCAUGUUUGUGUUCAAGCAUCAAUCAUUAAGUUGCCUUCUUAACUGUUCUGCUACUGUGAAAAGAAGAUUAUUAGAUGUUUAAAGAGCUUUGAUUGCCUGCAGGUUAAUAGCGUUUCUCUUUAUUUGCUCCAGUCUGUUGUUGCACUAGUGAGAACAAAAAAAGAUAUUUCAGAUGUUUCUUAUAAAAGUGUGGUUUUUUCGUCUUCAGCUUUUUCUCAGUAUUUGACAAGAUAUGAUGCACUUUUUUUCCUAAACACUUUUAUCGACCUGUCGAUCUUUGGUUUAGUCAGAGGCAAAGCUGGUUUCUGUCAGCGGGAUGCCGGGCGGCGUUUUCUGUUGUGAUAUGAAACCGACAGAACACCAACAGUGUUUGCUUAUAUGUUCUGUUUCACAGGAGGAAUAUUUUGGAAACACAGUGAUUACAGAUGAGCCUCUUUUCUCUUACUCAAUCUCUCAUAGCUCACUAGUUGGGAAGUUAGAACAGUCAAACUGAUUCAAGUGCUUUUUAGGUUCUCUGCCAAUAUGACCUUAUGUUCACCCUCUGUAUUUGUUACUGUCUUUGUUAAGUUUUGCAUUAUAAUACAGAUUUCACACUCAUAUCAACAGGACGUCUGCUUUAUUGUGACAAUUGACCUGCUGAUGAUGUAACAGAGCCUGCGUGCUCGGAAACUACAGAUUUGAGGUGCCAGGUACGCCAGAAUCAAUUUUUGGCUUAUACCUCUCCAAAUAUAAAACAGAAUUAUUUGUAAUUUAUUUAUUUUGAGUCAGAAACUGAAGCAUCACUUGAAUUCCACCUGUUUUGCAGUCCAACGUAUUAUGUAUCAUAAUGUGCAAUUGAAAAAACAGUGUCUGAGUGUUUGUGUACCUCUAUACAUAUUCUAUGUAUGAAUGAUUGUACUCUGCCCAUUCAUCUGAAUAGUAUUUUACACAUUACCUCAACACUUAUAUGGGCAAUUAAGUGUGCAGUUUGUCUUUGUAAUUCUUUUCAACUCCGACUGCCAUCAACAGGUACGCCAAUUGACCCAUGAAGUUCAUCCAUGUUGCGACAAUGACUAAAUGGAUUCUUUCGCUGAAAAAACUUUCCUAAAAGAUGAUCAGCCUUUUGCGAUGACUGCAACAGAGGGAAAUGUUUUACUACUCAUUUUCGCUCAUUUGUUUCCAUCAAUAAAGUUGCUUUAAAUUGUA